AUGGUUAGGGAAGGGGGAAUGAGCAAUGGGUCGGAUAUGGAUGGUAGAGGGAAAUGCUUGAUGAGUGAAGUGGUUAAUGGGUUCGGGAGCAAUAAUGGUGAGGGCCUUCGCACUUAUAAGAGGAAGAAGCUUACAGCAUCUAGUUCAGAGAGCAAAGAUCAAGGGGAUGUCAGUGUUUCUGGUGAAGCUGUUGGUAAAUUGGCAGAUCAGGAGAUCAUGAAGGAACCCCAGGACCAUCAUGCUGGUGGUCAAGCUGAUUUAGCUAGUUCAAGCGAUGUUUCACGAGGGAAGUGGAGAAACUAUAUCCUAGAGCAAAUGUAUCGGUCGUUAAGUGAUGACGAAGGUGGCAUACACGGGUGCAUCCAAGAUGUACUUAGGACUUUGAAGGUGUCUGAUGCUUGUGAUAGAGAUAGGUGUAAAUCCUCGAAGAAAGUAUGGUUGUCUUAUGGAACUCCCAAUUUGGCCAAAAAAUAUCAUGGCGGCAAAUCCAACGAGGCUUCUUAUGAACCAAAUCACCGUACUGUAACGGAUAUGUGUCGGCUUGCAUUCCAUGGGAUUAUAUCAUCUGAAAAAUUCACCUCCCUAUGCAAAUUGCUGUUUGAAAAUUUUCAUGAAAGUAGGGCUGAUAACCUUUUCAGCCUAAGCCUUAUAAACCGAAGGAUGAAAGAUGGAGCUUACGAGGAUUCCCCCUGGCUUUUCUCUGAAGAUAUCCAACAGUUUUGGAAAAAACUUGAAGGGAUUGGAACUGAACUGAUUUUCCUUGCAAAGAGCCUCUCGGAUGUAUCGAAGACUUGUUUUAAGGAUCAAUUACCCACACGAGAAUCUGAUUCCUCUGGUAAAGCAGAUGAAACAGCAACAACCACUUACUGCACAUGCAGGCACUGUGGGAGCAAAGCAGAUGAAUUGGAUUGUUUAGUAUGUGAUUCAUGCGAGGAUAUGUACCAUAUCUCUUGCAUUGAACCUGCUGUUGAAAAGAUUCCUCCCAAGAGUUGGUACUGUUCCAGCUGCUUAGCUAUUGGAAUGGGCUCUCAUGAGAACUGCGUUGUCUGUGAGAAGCUAAGUGCUCCCAUCAGUGCUCUAGAUAGUCAACCUACCAUGCCUGCUGUCUAUCAAACAAAUGAGGAAGCAUUCUCUGACUUUGACCAGGCAUCAGAAGAGAGUAAAGAUGAUCCACAUCAGCUUUCAGAAGGUACUGAACCUUUAAACCCUUGCAAGAUUUGCGGGAGUGAGGUGGAGAGUGGUGGAAAGGUGAAGAUAUGUGAACAUCCCUUUUGCCCUAACAAGUAUUAUCACGUGAGGUGUUUGACGGCUAAGCAGCUGAACUCGUAUGGUCCACGUUGGUACUGCCCUUCUUGUUUGUGUCGGAGUUGCUUAACGGAUAAAGAUGAUGAUAAGAUUGUUCUUUGUGAUGCCUGUGAUAGUGGUUACCACAUCUAUUGCAUGAGCCCGCCACAAAGUUCUAUACCAAAAGGGAGAUGGUUUUGUAGGCAGUGUGUAGUGAAGCUUCAGAAAGUGCGCAGGGAAAGGAAGGCCUACGAGAACAGAGAGGGGAAAAGGUGUUUUGACGGGAUGCAUAGGAAGUCGAAAAGGAAGAUUGAAGACAUGGUUGAUGGUAGGGAAGGUAUAAAUUUGCUUCUGAAUGCUGUUUUUAUUGAAGACAAAUUGGCAGGCGAGCAGACGAGAGGUUAG